CUUCGCCAUUAAGCGAAUCACAAGAAUUUUAUCACAAUUUUCUCUAAUAGAUGCAAAAUUUUGUUUAAUCUUACUCAAAAAAUUAAUGUUUAUUAUUUCUUAGUGAUUUACAUGAUUGAUAAUAUUGGAAGUGAUUUUGUUAUAAAAUUUGGGUUCCACGUUUAAAAAACUGAGUAAAAUUUUCAUUUGAUCGGCUGUAAGCAGCAACAAAAGAACAACCAAAACAAUCCACAUCUUUCAAUGGGGUGAAGACGUUUUUGAGAAACUUCCGUCGUCGUGAUAGAGAAACAAUUAAGCAAUAUUAAGAAUAAAGCUUUUGGAGAAAUUCAACACAAUUGAUUUUCACCAGCAUCAUAAGGCGCAAAUCUUUGAAAAGAACAUCCAAACAGAAACAAGCUGAAAGUCAUUAGAAAAUAAUUUCCAAUGAUUUUUUCCGUUCAUCCCGAUCUUAAUUAUAAGUAAGUUAGCGUCCGUACAGGAUAUCAAGGAAUUGUAAGGAGAAGCAUCACUUCAUGUCUAAACCAUAUAAAAACGAGAGCAGAAUGUUGCAAGCACUGGGUUCAAGCACAAACGCUAAAAUUGCCUACAUCAUGUUUAGUGGCUGUUGUGUGCUUAUAAUUGGAACCUUCAUUUUUGUAGCAAACUUUGAACGAAUAACUUUUGACAAUAGUUACGCUUAUUGCGCGACAGCUUACUUCUCACCAAAGACAGGCUAUCGUGUAGAAUAUUGGGGACAGAGGAAUGAUUUUGAAAGAAUUGAUACAGGCUGUGCUCGUGCAUGUUACAAGGAACAAAAGUCAGACACUGGUUUAUCAUUUCUCGAAAUUGAAACCCAAACUGGAUAUGCUGAUCACAACCAAGCAUAUGCAGCAGGAAUUCUAGAAGGUACACUCACGUGGAUGAGCAUUUAUGCUCAAUGGAAGAACACUAUUCAAUCAUUUUGUGAAAAGGAUGAUACAUCCGCAAAAUUCUGUACAUGGUUGAGAGCAAUAAUAGAAAGGAAUCAUGAAAACAUCAUCGAUAUUGCCAAAGACAAGCAUAAAGAGUCAAAAUAUCAACAUCAAAUUUACCUCUUUUAUCAACAACUUUAUGGCAUCGAUAAAGGAUUUAAACAAGGCGUGAAGCGUGCACGAAAAGAUUUUGAAAUUUCAACUGUUGACUUCUUGCUUUUAAAUGCUCGAGUGGACAUAGACGAUCUUAAAAUUUACUAUAAUAAGUAUGUCGAAGAAGAUGAAGCCAAUUUUGUGGACAUCCAUGAAAAUGUUGAGAAAAUGAUUAUAAAUCUUGUCAGCAACAGCGAAGGUCCAACAAAACUUAACAUCGGUCAUUCAUCAGACGGCGAAUACAGUUCAAUGCUGAAAAUAGUCAAGACAUAUCGCUUUAAUUACCAUCUAGGACCAUCAAUUGACUAUAUAAGCCAUUUAGUCCCAAAUACAGACAUCACUUUUACAAGCUAUCCUGGACUAAUUGCCUCAACUGAUGAUUUCUAUCUUGCUGAAGGUAAAAAGACUCGAAUGAUCAUUGCCGGCAUUAAAAUGAAGUACAACCAUCCAGCACAAAUCCAUGGCAUUGAUCUUGACAGUGCUGUUCUUAUGUCAGUUCGUGUGAUGGCGGCAAAUCGAUUAGCAAAGGAUGGAAAAUCGUGGGCAGAAUAUUUAGCACGUGAUCCUGACAUUGGAGCUAAACAAUGGCUCUUUAUAGAUGAAAAACGUUUAAAGUACUUGCAACUUAAUGAUCAAAACAAUGGUGAUGAUGAGGAAAUAGUGACUUCAUCUUCGACACUUAAUGAUGGACUUAUAGGACAUAAGGAGAUUCCUUUAGAUAAUAGUGUGAUGACUGAAAAAGAAAAAUUAACAUCCAAGGCGGAAGCUGUGAAUGGUAAAAAUAUUAUUUGGUUAAUUGACAAUACUUGGAAGAGAUUACAUGGAGAAGAUGUAACAGCUAGACUUAAGAAGGAUGCAGCAUGGAUUUGCGACGGAACACCUUACUUUAAAGUUAUUCAAGAGCUUAAUAAGAUUGACGGAAAGGACUUAAAACUAAAUGAGCAGGAAAUGACUAACGGAGAUGACAUUGCAUCAGUAUUAAGACAACAUGCUUAUCGUGGUGAUUUAAUGGGAUCUGAAGACGAUGAAGCCAUUGCAUAUGGAAACACUGAUAUUAAAACUUAUUCAACUAGUGAUCAUCAGCUCAGCAUUCAAAGUGGACCAGUCUUCACGCCACUUAACAGCAAAGAAGAUCAGGCUGAAGAAAGCAAUGAACUUAUUGAGAAGAUUGACUUCUUUGAAUGGCAAAAAUUCAGUGACAUAUCUCAUGAUGAACAUCCAGAAGCAUGGAACUUUCCAGCAGUUCAUGUGCAAUAUAUUUGGAACUGAACAUACAAUUCUAAAACAUUUUGGACAAUCAAUUUUUGUAGCUCAAUUCUUUUUCAUAAUAAAAUUCUGACUCAAAACCU